AUGGCUGCCUCGUCCACAUCUUGGAUGCCCCCAGCUGGACGGCACACAGUGGACAUCGGUCCAUCCCUCGGUCGCGCCCUCAAAGCCCGCAAGGGAGGUGCGGCACCUACGAAAAGCAAGAUCCCUGACAGGGAUUUCUACUCCUUUCGAUACAAUUUCAAACCAGAGUCUGUAGACGCGACGCGCCCGGGGACCAUUGAAGUGAAGCGAGGGAAGGAUGCAACAAACGUUACUGUCGAGCGGGCUAGCUCACAGGUCGAGGACGGCGGGCAUUUGUUCGUUGGGCAAGAACAUGCCUCCAAAGAGUGGGACUGUGUUCUGAUUUAUGAUGAGGAGAUGGGUACAUACACAUUAGAGAAGAUGGAUUCGUUCCUCAAUCUCACGUACGACAAAAAAAUUACUCGCGCUCCCCGGCACCCAGGUUCGCCCCUACCAGCAACCCGCGUCGCAGGAUCUUCAUCCACAACCAACCAUUCACAUCCUAUUGCAACAGCUCAUGUGCCAGCAACUUCGAAGUCCCAUGUUGAUCUUGAUCUUGAGGCAGAGCUCCUCGAAGGCCUGGAGGACGCCCUUGGAUCUCCAGAUGACGAGGCGCCUCUUGCUUCGCAAGUUCCUGUGCCAUCAAAAACGAAAGUAAAGGCUCCUGUACGGCCCAAAUUCGUGAAGACAGACAAGGCAAAGAAAGAGCUUUCGCAGGCAGACAAAGCUUCGCUCAGAAAGGAAGAGGAGGAGAGCGAAGGAGAAAUCAUUGAGCCGCUUCGACCUCCAUCAACAUUACCGGAACGGCCGUCUGAACCCAGUUCGGUGCCCAAGGCAAAGCCGAAACUCACCAAACGCCCUCGUCCUGAGGCUCCCUUGUCCCAACCUCAGUCAGUCAUGGCAACACCUCGACAAACCCAUGUUCCGGUACCUGUUACCUCCCCGGCUUUACCCAAAGUCAAACCUGCGACUGGGACCCCCAGUAACAAGCGUGCACAUCCGCCCAGUGUCGAGGAGGAGGUUCUCGAAUUUUCCCAGCCGACGCGGCCCGCGAAACGAUCACGACCGUCACCUCCUCCUGUGCUACAGAAAGAGAAGGACAGCUUCGACCUCGCUCUGCCUUCGUCGUCAUCAAAGAUGUCCUCGCUACCUACGGAACCCGUAGCACUAUCUCUUCCAGGGCCUAGCACUGCAAUCUCAUUGCCGUCCGCGCAACCAGUACAUACCACGUCCCUAGACUCAGACGAGGAAGAGUGGGAUGAGAUACCUGCACCGGUUGUCCCACCAGCACCACGCGUUGUCGAACCUCCACCCCUUACGCGGACAAUCAUGAUGGAGGAGAUUGAUCCGGCUGCGGAAGCUGCAGAUGAAGACGACGAGGACGAGGACAUGGAAGAGAUGGAGAUUGACAUGAACGCGUUUGAAGCUGAAAUGAACCAGCAGCUCGGCGGCGCUCAGGAGGUGGAGGUGGAGCCUGUGGAAGACGAACCAGAUGAUUUUCUCGCUGGAGCGAUUUCACCUGUGGCGGAUCGACCCUCAGGCGGUGGUGCGAGCGCAAUUGAUUGGGGAGACGAUGAGGAUUUCUCGAGCAGCGAUGAGAGCGACGAAGACUAG